AUGAUACGCUGGGUAGUGUUGAGUGUAUUUCUAAUUGUGUGUGAAGCUUGUCACCCAAAAAUCGAGCCGGUUACGACUACCACAGUGGCUCCUACGACACCUUCAACUACAGAGGCUACUACAGGUUGGUGAAUAUCGUAAAGCUGAAAAUGUUCUAUCAAAAAAAAAAAUGAAAAUUGCUCAUGUUAGGCUAGCGCUUGUUCAAAAAGCACUAUGUUUUCACAGGACCUCCAUGCCCUGAUGGUUGGACUCAAUCUGAUCGAAACGCAGGCACUUGGUGUCUACAGAUGGUAGACCUUACGGAUAAAACGUACACCGGGGCGCAAACUGCUUGCGCAGCUCUUGGUGGAGUUGUGUCAUCAGCCGAAACACCGACAGAAAUGACGCUGAUUUUCUCGCUACGUCUACAACCUUAUUCCUAUAUUAUUCUGGGUGCUCAACUAACCGCAGAUUGUCCGUGCACAGGAUCAAUCGUUUGCCCGGCGACAGCGACUUGUACAACACGAACAGCUUAUGAUUGGACAGAUGGUUUUGUGACGGGUCGAGAUGUUUUCGAUGCUGCGCCGGCUGCGAGUUUCGCUGACACUCUGUACUAUUCACCCGGAAUUGAGUUGUAUGUGAGCCCAGCGUCUUCUAUGAGUUCGAUUGGGAUUAAUGCAAUUUGUGGAAAACAGGGAAUGUAA